GAACAGUGCUGUGUGGACAGGUUUUGUCCGUCUGACUUGGAGAAGCGUCUACUGUUAAUACGAAUCUGAAUUGAUUAUUGCUCACUAUAUCACGACCUCGGUCUUCGCGAUUCCUACCAUUCAGCAUGACCGAUGGCUUUCACAGCUCUGCGCCCGUUUUUUAUCCCACCUAUCCGAAUUCGGACAUGGACCAUUUCAGACAUAUUUCUGUCAAAAUAAGCGCAGCGCCGAGUCUCACGACCACAUUGCAUGGAACUGAGAAUGGUAUUUACCCGACAGACAACAUAACUGCGCUAGAAGACAUUUCUACGCAUUAUAUUCAACAACAACAGCAGCAACACUAUCUCCAUCCAGACCCUUCAUAUCGGUACCCCAUAGAAAGCGAUAGUGAGCGUGACCAGUUAUCACACGGCGCCCAUCCUCUCGAACAUUCCAGUUUACAUGUUCACGUACCUGCCAACAUUCCACCACCGGAAGCAACGUCUUCACCGGAUCUUUUAUCCACACAGCGGCAGCAACAUCAACAAUAUGGACACACCGAUGCGGUUGAUGCGAUAAAUCCGUCAGGCGACACCAUCCACUGGCCCAAAGUUAUUAAUAACACUACACAUGAUCUUAAAAAAAUGGUUAAUUGGUCAUCCUCACCUUCCAACAUUCGAAGUCCAAUGAACCCUCUUGGAUCCGUCAAUCCAAGGGAGUAUUUUGUGGACAGUGCGAAUUUCCAGCUCCACCAUUCAACUCAGCUGCAAACAGACCCCCAUCCUGUUGCUGUUCAUCCGUUCACAAACAACCAGGGCUAUUGCUUUCCACAGACAAGAGAACACGACAACAGCAUUGUGGCCAGUAACGAAUCUGGCCAUGAACCGAUAUCUCCACCGUUUCCUACUGGAAACCCCGAACCCAAGUCAUCUCCACAAAAUGUGCCAUGGAAUUCCAAACUGGAUCAGUCACACUACACUCAAUUUACCACAAAUUAUACCGAUAUUCCCAUCAUGAUGUCGUACUUGACUGGUUCUAUGUGUCAGGAGUUCGCAAUGGUCAAUGGAAUCGGUCAGCUGAAAGAGACCGGUCACCGGUCCGGUAGCCCACAAUUAGCUCAACCCUCACUGGCACCCGGUGGUUGCGGUGACACCAACUUGUCGUCCUCUUAUCAGACUAGCCCGGGAGAUUCCAGCAGUGAUCCCUGUGGCACCCUAUCGAUGGAGCGUACAUCAAGCUAUCAGAGUCACUUCGAAUCGGGCAGCAUGAGUGGUGGUGGUGGCUGUACUGAUACACGUAUUUUCCAACCUGGCCUCAAGUGUGAGCCUAACCAGGAGUCCUCCAUGAAUAACUGUGCCUCUCCGCGUUCCACGGAGUUACAUAACUGUGCAGAAUAUUCAGUUCAUAAGCGAGACAGCGUUCAAGAUACUGGAGAUGAGCAAAGACCACGUUCGAAUAUUUGCCAGCCAAAUAAUGGCCGAAUUCAUCGUGUGAAUACUCCACAAGGCAAUACAGGGAUGGUUGCGGACCCUGAAUUUGAUGACACUGCUCAGUCGGACAAAGACACACAACGUACAAACGAAGAAGGUUCAGACUCAGGAUGCAAGUCAGCAGAAGAGAGAGGAGUGCAUGAAGUGGAUAACGGAAAGAAAGGCAAUACGAACCGAAGAUCAGAAAAACCGCCGUUUUCAUACAUUGCCCUCAUCGCGAUGGCUAUUCAAGCUUCCCCGACGAAACGAUGCACGCUCAGCGAGAUCUACCAAUACUUACACACACAGUUCGCCUUUUUCCGUGGUCAGUACACUGGCUGGAAAAAUUCCGUCAGACACAACUUGUCGCUGAACGAAGUGUUCAUCAAACUUCCCAAAGGAAUGGGACGUCCCGGUAAAGGGCAUUACUGGACCAUAGACCCAGCUGCCGAGUACAUGUUUCAGGAUGGGGCGUCACGUCGGCGGCCUCGUGGAUUUCGUCGCAAGUGUGCUUCAGCGGUAGCGGCUGCCGUUGCAGCCAGUAUCUCUUCUACCAACGGCUACGGACAUAUGUCCUAUGCAACUACUGCCUCGCAUAACAACGGGUAUUUGAAUGCAUCUUACAAGUUCCCCCAGGCAUCAUUUUCCAGUCUGGGGUUGGGAAACCUGCAUGGGGAAAACUUUCCAAAGGAAAUGCCUCAUUUCUUCCUUCCAUCUACGCGGCAGCUGUGUCGGGGUGGAACAGCCAUAGAUCAGAUAGAUACCCUACGUACUGGUUUGCCCUCUUUGUCUGGGAGCGGUUUGGGCUUGUCCAUCGGUGUGACUAAUCCUCAGAUGAAUCUUGGUCCAUCUACUGCUACAGAGCACGAAGAGUUGGGUCCGUCCUCCUCGUCAUCUCUGGAUAGCAUCUUUAGUCUUCAUGCUGCUGGACUUCAGCACCCAAUUUGUACAAAUCCAUGUUCGUUAAAUCUUGGAACAAGCUUCAGCACAUCGAUAGACAACUUUAAAAGCUGCAUGUCACCGUCGAACAAACCUACAAGGACAAAUUUCCCUCUGGCACAGUCACCCUUCCAGACGACCGAAGCUGCACAGAGCACAGAUGGGCAACGGAAGGACGCUGUGGAGUUUAGACCUUGCCAGUCACAUCCUCCUUCGUUUGCAACCAGUCAGCCGACUAACAACCAGCUCCCUUCAUUGUAUCAGGCGAUCUCUUUCAGAUUACCCCCAGUAAACAACGUAUCUUCUGACAACUCAACUCGUGUGGCAUCAUUUGAUCAGGUAUCUGACCCAGAAGCAGCCUAUCCUUACAACGUUCGGCCAGUUUUUGAGCCGUUCAUCACACCAACUGGUCCAGCACCCAUAGAAGCGGACGGAAGUUCAACACCCAAGCAAAAUAUUUAUCCCGGCAAUGGGUCUCCCGAGAGACUAUCAACAUUGACUCUGGCACCAGAACAGCCCCUUACGGACACAGUAUUCUCAACGCAGUCAAACGAGGUACAUGAGUCAAGUGGAUUCCCUAUCCAUGAUUGGUUGGGGAACGGUGACAGAUUUCAGCAGUCCAGCUGGAACUACUCACACACAACGAGCGAACUUAUUCAGGAUUCGCAUGCAGCAGCUCAUGUUCCAACGGAGUCCGUUCCGGUCUGCACCCAGUCUCGUAACUCAAGCACGUGUUUCGCAAAGCAGACCUCACAAAGCAAUUCACAACACACAUGGUCCGCAUCAAAACUGGCCGUUAUGAUGGCCAACUACGGCGCCGUAUUGAACGCAUCGUCCAGGACUCCGACGAGCUCUGCGCAACAGGUAUCACCGUUCGCAUGCCCAUCACCAAGGCAAUGUUCCCCUCUGCCGAGUGCUGCACACAUCCCACAUGGAAGUACAGUUGUUGCCACAGAAAACAACCUUGGGAACGCUGAAUCUGCCGUUGAGCGUGCAUGUACAGUGCUUAACAGCUUGAACGAACACUUUAGGAUAAAAUUGCAAGACACCGAGUUUCCCACACUAGCAGAACAUCUCCGUUCAAAGAGAUCACAGCAGUAUGCGGUGGAUAUAGGAACAGAUCGCACCGAAGAAAAUUGUCUUCAUCAGUCUGGUGUUCAGUACACAAGCGACGUGCAAUCGAGUUCUGCAAUCAUGCCCGUCCACUCGUUGCCCAUGAAGUUCGAUGUCUGAUGAGGGUACACCAAGUGCUCAUCAUUUGUACCAAGGUAUUUCUUCGGAUUUCGUUCAGUCUCACUAUUCUGUGGCUUCACGUUGGAGUUUGUCAAAGAGGUGUUUGCCUACAAACUGCUUCCAACCUAAAUUUUUCUACCAUCCGUGCACCUUUGUACACGAGUUAUCAAGCCCACUCACACCUUCAAGACUGUUCUCGUCCUCUAGGCCUCGAUGCUUCCACACACACUCAUUUUAUUGAUUUCUGUCCAAAUUCGAAAGCACGCACAAAUCGACUUGUAUUAUACUUGAAAAAACUGGCCGUAUGAGUAGUGCACAUUAUUGUAAGUUAACACACACACACAUACACGUUUUCUCUUCUUUCUUUGGAUAAUUUACUAUUGUCGCUGCCCUUCCUACUGCUAUUGAAGGAAACACUCCUAACGUGUAUGUCAUUUCGAUUGAGAUGAAAAGCAAAGAAAGUUCUGAAAAAAGUGAAU